AUGAGAGGGGCAACAAGACAAGUUUCGAGGAAGAUCAACAGACAAUUCUUGCUUUUGCUGGGCCGUGGUCGCCCUGGCCUGCCAUUUGUUGCCAUGGGCUAUGGAGUGCCAGAUAGUGGCGUUGACUUUGCGUAUGUCAGUGUCCAAGAAGCGUACCUUCUCAUGAAGAAUGAUAAGGCCGUCUUUGUGGACAGCAGAGAUGAAGAUGACUACAAGACAAGCCGUUUGCAGACCUCAUUCCACUUGCCUGCGAAUGCGCUGAUCAUGAAAGGCUCGUCUGUUGAGAAAAGCUUGGUACAGCACCUGAUUGACUUGGUGAACUCCGGCAAGACCUUGAUUUGCCUGAGUGAUGCCUGCAUCAAGGGCAAUGUGAACCGUGGCCAUGUCUCAAGAUGUCGCCACAUUGCCCAGUAUUUGGUGGAGCUGGGUGCUGACCGGAGCUUAAUUGUCCGCAUGGCGGGCGGCAUCAACGCCUGGAAGCGGGCGCAACUGGAUGGAAUCCUUGGAGAGCUUCGACCGAUGUACGCGGGAGAAAUACAAAACUGGGAUUUUGCACCACCCAAACUGAAGGAGGAGGAGUCAGAAGAUGAGGCCCUUCCAGAGAUAUCUCCAGCGAAAGGUGCUGGAGGUGGCUAUGUUGCAGCUCUCUCAGAAGAAGCUGCGCUGGCAGUAGGGCAGCAGAUUGAGAUCAGUGGCCUCAAGACAAGAGCAGAGCUCAACGGCAAAGCUGCUAUUGUAAAGGACUUUGUUGCAGACUCUGGCCGAUGGGAGAUUGAGCUCUUGGACGAGACCAAAGAGCGUCUCCGAUGUAAGCCUGAAUCUUUGCUACUGAAGAGCGCAAAGCAGGAAACACCAAAGGCUGUUGAGCCUGCAGAGGUGGAGGUGGGCUGUGGAGGAGUGGUCACGGAGAACUGCGAGCGGAUCACCUGCAAAGUGAGGUGGGUCCCAUCGAGACCUUUUCGUCAGGAUCAGCCGACCGCCUACCGGGUGCUCAAGAGCGACCUCUUCAAGAAACCAAAUGUCUCUGGGGACAAAAUCAUCAAAAUUUCAAGACCAGUGAGCUCUACCGUGCGCACCACUGGAGAGCUCUUUGUGGGCGCCAGUGGUGGCAUUUGGGCAGAGCUGGACGUCACGGCUGGCGAGAAGAAAGGCUGGAUCUACGUGAAGGGGCCUGGCUUUGGUGCCAGCAGCUGCAAGGUGACAAGCGAGUAUCUCCAAGCGUAG